GACUGUGGAGGGAAAAAAGAUUACGAAAGGCAAGCGCGGAACGUUGCAUCGUCGAUACGCCGUGAGCUGGCGGAACUUCGCUCCAAGGGAGCGCACACGUCUAACCCCUCGUGCACGCGCGCCUGUUAAAUGACUUCUGUGCACACGCGUUUUUUUCUACACACGUACGCUACGCGCAUGCGCCAAGUAAUACGUGUGUCGGUAUCGGAUUUUCGUAUGUAUUCGCGAAUAUAUGUAAAUAACAACUCGUACCACUCGUUUGUAACGUGGAUUUCUAAUAUGGAUAUAUAAUAUUACGGUGCUUUGAUCGGGAACAAAAACAUCGUGGCAUAGUUGGUUUAAUAUUUGAAAUUUGUAUCCACGUUGAAAUAAAAGGGAAAUUACGAUGUUUCGAUGUUAUGAAUCGAAGAUUAGUUGUAAAAUUAGAUUUUUUGUUUUUUCUUUUUCGUAGAUUCUAGAUGAAUUCUAAUUUCUGUUUCUCGUUUUUUUACAGACUAUUAGUUAUCGAUUAAUUAUUAAUUUAUUUCAAUAGAUGUAAAAACGGCACAAAUAACACCGUUAAGUCGAAGAAAUAACGGACAAGAGGAGCUUCGAUGCACGACGAAUUAACACGAGGCAAUGAUCGCUUAACACUGCUCGUCUCGAUCUUAUUACGAACGAUUAUCAUGUUUUUCCCUUCUAAAGAAGUCGUUGCAUGUAUUGUUCUACUUUUUCUUUUUGAUACGAUUUGAAUAAGUCGGAGACUUCCAUCCAAGGAAGUCUUUUGUCCAAUUAAGAAAAGAAUCGAAAGUAAUUAAAAUAAGAGAAUUUUUAUGGUAACCUCAAAUUUGUUUUUACUCUACGUGUAAUUGUCUUUAAACGGAUAAGUCGUUGAAAGUUUCAAUAAGUACAAUUCUUCUUUUGAUGCGACGGAAAAGGAGAAAAAUAAGUCGAUAGAUUUCCACUUAAAGAAAUCGUCCAAUUAAGAAAAGACUCGAAAGUAAUUAGCAUAAGAGAAAUUUUCAUAAAAUACCCUGAAAUUUUUUUUCUUCCACGCGUAACUGUAUCUAUACGAAUAAGAAUAAAGAUACGAAGGAAAAUUUGAACAAAUUAAUAAUAAGAGAGAGAGAUCAGUGGUGAAUAGCUUCACAAAAAACUCCGGAAACCCAAAAACCGCACGAUACCUGAAUAUGGAUCGAAGAAACACGAUUCGUUCCACGCUCGAAACGGCCAAAGAAAUAUCGUCCUUCCACACGGUGAUCCGUGACGCGAGAUGCUUCUUGGAGAACGGCGCAACCGCCGCACACCUCUUCGUGGGCGAAGAUUUGCCGGUCGGUGACACUGUGGGCGUGCUCGGGGUGUUGGGCGACCCCGGGCCCCAAGGCGACAUCGAGCUCAGGCUCCAGGAACUCGACAGCCCCGUCACUUUCUCCGCCUACUCGAAGAAUUUAACCCUUAUCAGACCCCUGGACAAGGAGGGCGUGGACGGACCCGCGAGCGUUUACGUGAACGUGAUCUGCGAGAGGAAGCACACUUUAGACCCUGGCUUCGUGAUACCGGUCAACAUUCGCGUGACUGACGCCAAUGAUAACGCGCCUCAAUUUGUGAAUGCGCCUUACGUCUUAAACAUCUCCGAGGUCACGGUGGUGGGUACGAGGGUUCUUCAAGGUGUAAGAGCCGUGGAUGCGGAUCAACCGGGACCAUUUUCUACCGUACAGUAUGCAGUUUUGCCUGGACCACACUCGGAUUACUUCGUGUUCGUAAACGCCUUGGAAGGCACUCUGGUCCUAAGGAAACCACUGGAUUACGAAACACUCGCCAAUUUCUCUGUCGAUAUACGCGCACAAGAUCAAGGUAACCCGCCAAAAUCAUCCGCUACGACACUUUACGUCAACGUCAUCGACGCGGAUGACCAAAAUCCUGCCUUUCAAAGUGACCAAUACAAAAUUCUCGUUCCUCGAAACAUUAAAACGAGAAAGACACUGAAGGUAGAUCCUAUGGCGAUAAAAGCGAUGGAUCAGGACGUAGGAAUUAACGCCCCCGUCAAGUACACGAUUCAAGGAGGUAUUCUUCCAUUUCUCACCCUGAAUCCGGAAACAGCCGAGGUUGCCAUAACGCGGCCGUUAUACGAACACGAACUCUUGUCCCCAGCAACGAUCGUCGUCAAGGCAAACAUCCUCGCAAUACAAAUUGCUACGCAAUUGGACAAUCCGGAUAAAUACGCUCUUUCCACCAUAGUUGUCUCUCGGGAGACCGACUGGAACGUGGAACCAACCGCUGGUGGAAGAUUACCUGUCAAAUUUAUACGAAGGGAUCAUCAAACCAGCAUCCCGGAAAACACUCCUCCGGGAAGUGUUCUGUUAACGACAGGGGUGAAUAAGCUAGAUUCCAAUUUAAGAUUUUGGCUGGUGGGGGCAAUCGAAGAUCUCGAGAGAUUCUCCAUCACCAAUUCCGGCGAGUUGAUUUUGAAGGGUACUCUGGAUUACGAGAGGAGGGUGCAGCACAGUUUUCUGGUUCGGGUCAGCGACGGGCAUCACAACGACACUUCGCGCGUGAACGUUUCUGUCGAGGAUGUGAACGAAUGGGAACCCCGGUUUCGUCAUCCUAGAUACGAAUUUCACGCCGCGACAUCGAGAGAAGGAUCCAUUGUCGGAAAGUUAGAAGCCGCCGAUGGUGACAGGGACGACAAAAUUAGUUUAUCUCUUAGAGGUCCAGAUGCAAGAUCUUUCGAGAUACGUGACAAUGGAGAAUUAAUUCUCAGAUCGGUAGCAACGGUUAACGGUUCCUUGGCCAGAUUAGUGGCAGUGGCUUCCGAUUCUGGCCGCCCCCCCAGAUCCAGCAUGAUCCCGGUGAUCGUGCACGUGCCGAAUAGCGGAUCCUUGCCGAUAGCCGCGAGGGCGGCACCCGCCUGGUUGGGAAGCAGCGUCCUCCUUGUCGCCGUUUUCGGCGCUGUUUUGGGUCUCCUUGGUGUUAUAAUACUUGUUUUGAUAUUGUAUAUAUACAAAAACAAAAGGCCAAAGACGAGCGGUUCCGUGAGCUCGGUCGGGACCGGUUAUCGAGAAAAAUCGCCAGUCCCCUCUGCCCUGAGCCCGACACCGCAAGUGCUCGGGGCGAAUAUGCUCCAGGACGCUCUGGAAGUUGGACCUCGAAGAGGAACUCGUGCCGAGGAUAUGCGCAAUAUCGAGGAGAACGGCGAGGAGGAGGCCGGGGACGAUUCAGAGGAGAUGGAUCGAGAGAUCGUCGAUGAUAGCAUCAACGGCGAGUCUCAGCCGGCGAAUAACGACAGUGGCGAUGUUGAAAAUCCUGUUUUCGGAGCGAGGAAUUAUAGUGCCACGAUUAAAAGCGUGACGUCAGCCAGACAAAUACCUGUUUACGCGAGACAUAAGAUAGCCCCGGCCCCACCAAACCCUCCAGGUUUAUCUGCAACCUCCAACAUACCUAACGUCGGUGGUCUGGUACAAAACAUGAAUGACUUAAGCGCGAAAACAAACUUAAACGCUAGCUCUUGCCAAUCUUCCAAUUAUUCCGGAGAUGUUCCAGAUUCGUUGGUGCCCGCGUGGCCUGCUUGCUCUGUUUCACAGAGAGUUAAAAAAUUAUCCUGGGACGACGAUGACAGGACAGUGGAUAGCGUGGAAGUAACGGCGGAAACAAUGUCCAGAAACAGUCAGAUCGGGAACGAACGACUUAACCUUACCGUGUAUUUUUAAUCAUGAAACGAGAAAGACUGAAAGAGAAAAGAAAAUGAUUUCAAUUACCGUUUAUUAUCCAUCGAACGAAAAAUAUUCAUCGAUAGGUUAUUUCAAUAAAUAAAUUCCUUUAAUAAACAGACACUGUUAAAAAUGUUCUAAUAUCGUUGCCAGAUGAUAACGAAUUUUAAAUCAAUGUACAUAUAAAAUGUAUAUUAGUUGCAAAUAAUGCAUCGAAUGAUAAUGCAAAUACGUUCUUUAUCCAUAGUUGUUUUAUUAUUAAAAAAAUACAAAAAAAUUAAGAAAUAA